UUUAAUUUAAUUCAUAUUCAUUUAAAUAUACGACAAAAGAUCAGACUACUAAACAUGGAUAUUAAAAACUAGGACGUUUUGAAUUUUCGGGAUUAACCAAUAACUUUUUAAAUUCUGUUUUACCGACUAUGCUUUGAGAACGUCAAAUUGAGGUUAUAGCAGUUGUUUUUGAUUUGUCUAUGACAGUUGUUUUCAUUUUAUUUGGAGUUGGCAGUCAUAAUGUCUCGUUCAGGAGGUCGUGGACGAGGUUGGCUCAAUGUUUACAAGAAUAAUCCAACUCCCUCACCACCCGGAAUUGUGCAAGAAGUAAAUGUAACAAAUUCCAAGCAACUUAAUGCACCUGUGGACAAUAUUAAUUAUGCUGAUGUAGGAGAAGAAUACUCUAGUAUUAUCAAUAAUAUUAAACAAUUGUCUGUAAAUGAUGAUGGUAUUCGAUUCAAUCAGAAAAUUAAGAUGAUCAUAGAAACCUGGAGAGAAAAUUGCACUAAUGGUGAAGAUGUCAAGAAAAGUUUCGAGUCUGUGCACAAUGCAUGUUUGCAAGAUUCUGAUAUUGCUUCAAAAACAGUCCUUAUGAUCUCAUCUAGAACUUUCAUUACCCAAGAAGUUCAUGACCAAAAGAUAAGGUUGUUGUUCCUCAAGAAACUACAAGACAACUAUGAAAAUUGUCAAAAGUUGCAGGCAACAAAUCAACAACUUUUUAGAAAUAGUGUACAAAUGUUGGGCGAGUUCUACAACAAAGCCAGAUUGGCUGAUGGUCAACAAUUUUUAUUUAUGGCUCCUGCUUUAAUGACUUACCUUGAGAUGCUAUUAGAGUCUGCUUCAGUUGCUGAUUUUAAGUUACUUACAAUACAACUGCAAUUAAAUGGUGCUUCUUUAAGAAUUGAGUUACCAGAAAAGAUAACGGAGAUGGCUGCCAACCUACGAAACUUAUUGAUCUCUGAUAAUAAUAUUUCCAGGGAUUCCAAGCUCUGGAUAUUGUUGGCAUUAGAAGUCAUCAAUAAUAGAUUUGCACUUCUGCCUCCAGAAGCGCAUUCAUUUUAUCAAAAAAUGUUGGGAGAUGUGGCCGUAGCAAAUUUUCAAGGUUCUCAUGGUACCCUUAGUGUACAAACAACACAUGUUAGCAAGUCAUUAGACAGCUAUCAAAGCAACGUCAACGUCCUUCAGGUUUUGCCUACUAUUGAAGUUCCAAACACGGAACAAAUCAUUUCACCAAUGAGCAAUGUUGAUCUCAAUGCUAGCAAUUACAAUACAACUUGCUUUACUCCUGAUGCUAGCCAAAAUUCCUUAAAUAAAAAGGAACAAAUAAAUAAUGCAAAUAAGCCUGGAGGGAGACCGAUUUUGGGGGCGGGGGCUCGGUUCAACAAAUACAAGGGUAAUGAUGAUGUAAAUUGGAGAGAGCCUAAUAAAGACUCAAAUGCUGGGACAUGGAAUAAUAAAAAAGGAUGGUCAGACAACAAGAGAGGUCAAAGUACUCCAAAAUCUAAUAAGGGCUGGGAACAUGAUGAUAGAUUUGAAACUGACUAUAGUUAAAUUGAUGCUAGGUUUUAGAAAUUUAAAUUUAAAUUAUAUUGUAAACUUUAGGCGUGUGUUCCUGGUUGUGUUCCAGUUUUCCUAAAAAAUAUUUGGAGGAGUAAUCAAGAAAAAUGUGUGAUAUGUAUAAAAUUAUUUUUAAUUCCAAUUUUAUAAUACCAAAGGAAUCUGGGUGAAAAUUGUCUCAAAAUGCUAAAUGUCUGCAACGUGAUGAUGGAUGAUAUCUAAAUAGUGUUAUUUUUAAAAAUGGAAUGUUCCAUUAUUUAACAUCUCAACAUUUAACCUCAACGUGGCGCACAACCGGGCUGGGGAAGACUCCACUCAAGAUAUUAAGCAUGUUGACUAAUUUCAAUUAGAUUAAAUCGAAAUUGGUUGAUAAUGCUCAGGAUUGUUUUAAUAAAUACAUUUUAUUUUUAGGACGUACAUAGUUUAAAUACUAAUAAAACACAACCAUUUUUAUGCGUCGAUGUAACUUAAGUGCAUUUGUAAAUAAAAAUUAUUUAAAUUUU